CAGUUUCAUCAGGGGUUAAUAUACAUCCAUUAUGAGGAAUAUGGUCCAGGUACACAUAGUGUACUCAGGUCUUGAUUCAGUGUAGAUGAUAAAUGUUGUGUUAAUUUAUUGAACUGAAUACAAAUCAUGUGAGCGAGGCAUUUAAUUGAUAAAAAUUGAUGUAAUGAUGUACAUGAGAUAAAAGUGUAUGCUGUAUGUUGUGAAAAUCGUAUGUUGUAGCUCUGACUGUGUAUAUGAGUGCAGUACAUGGAUAACAAAUUAAUCAUCUUGUGAUUAUUCAAGUGCAUUUUUAUGUAUGUUAGUGUGAUAUGAUGGAGGUGUUGACAGUGUUUUUUUUUCAAUUUAAAAUAAUAAAUGAUAAAAGAAAAUAAAUAUUUACAUUAUUAAUAGAAAGGUGUGUGAAAAAAUUAUUUCAUGAUUAAUGUGGACUUAUUUUGUUAACUUAACUGUACUAAAAUCAUCAUUUGUCUGUAGGUUCAAAAUGAUGUGAUACGGAAUUGUAAAAUAGACAAGUUUUGUAUAAAAUUAUAAUAAUAAGUGUUGUCCAUAGCGUUGGAUGGACAGGUACUUUUUUAUUAAAAAGUGGAUACAAGUAAAUAACUUGGACUUUAAAAUACUACUAGCACCAUUAAUUGCUUCAAGUAAACCAUUUCAAAAUGAAUUCUAACACUGAAUCGGACAUAGAAGAUGAUUUAUUGUACAAGCCAAAGAUUAGUUCGCCAGGAAACUACAGGAAAUUCCUGGGGUUUGGUGGAAUGUCAUCGUUGUCAGAUGAUGAGACAGGUCACAGCUCGGGCAAUGAAGAAUUCAUUGAUGAUGACCUGUAUAUGAAGAAAUCUCUGCCUGAAGCAGACAUGUAUCCGGACCUGAGCUCGCCAGCCUACCCAGACACAGGUAACAACGGCGGGGCGACUGCACCCCCAGCAGUCUCUGAGGAACAGAAACAGGAGUGGAACGAGGAACUUCAGCGGGUUGAAGGUGAGAUAGCGACCUUGAGACAGGUGCUUGCGUCCAAGGUCAGAUACUCGGCGGAACUGAAACGCAAACUGGGCAUCACACCGCUGCAAGAAAUCAAGCAUGAUUUUCAACUGGGUCUGCAGAGCAUCAAAGAAUCCGCACCAUACCAGAGAACGAAUGAAGCAUUACAUGAUUUCAAUGAUAAACUGCAGCAGACCACAGCGUAUCAGAAGACAUCUGCAGCUGCGAAGUCUGCCGCAGAGAAGACUUCCACAGUGGUGGCAGGCAUAGGCAGGAAGUUGGGAGAUCUCAGAAAUUCACAGACAUUCAAAUCCGUGGAAGGGAGAGUAGAGUCAGCGUACGCAUCAGUAAAGGCAAAAGUUUCUGGAAGCAAAUCAGAAGGAAACUUCGAGGAAGCACUUCAGAGUGAGAAAGAAAACAAUGGGACCAUUGACCCUGCAAAAGAGGCCAUUCCAGAGGAAAAACAGUAAUGCUCUAUAAAUAGACAUGCAGUCUAUAAAUAGACUUGAAGGAAAACCAGUCUAUAAAUAGAUUUUUGCGGGGAAACCCACCGCUGUCCUUAAGUGGAUAUUGUCAAAUCUUCAGAUUUGUCAUUUCAUGGUUGCUUUUGUUAAAAAACCUGUGGGACAUAAUAUCAUUGAAGUGUAAUGUGAUAAUUUUAUUUAGAAUAAGACAAAAAAGAUUUUACAAAUAUUGAGGAGCCUCUUAAAAUUCUAUAAACUAAGAAAGUAUUAGAAAGAAAUGAUUUUGAAACUAAUCAAUUGUUUUUAAAGAAGCAAGUCAUAAAUAUUUCUUGAACAAUGCUAACUUCAUUUCUGAGAAAUAUAAGAAGUAUGUUGUCAGUUUGGGACUAGAUAAAUGUUUCUGCAUUUUUACACGUAUAAAUAAUUUAUGUAACCUUUCAUUUUAUGAAAAUAUUUGCUUUUAUGGAAAAGGUAACCCACCAUGACAAGAUAAGCCAAAUAAAACAUUGUUUGCAGACAAGGGCGUUUGAACAGAAUAAAACCCUUGACCCUUUACCACAUAGAUACAUAUUAUUACGCAUUUGUCAUACCUUAGAAAGUUAUAUUUAAUUUAAGACCUUUCUUACGACAUUCAAGUUUUAAAGUCUUCAUUUCUGACCCUUAGACACUGAUGAGCAGUAAAAAGCAUAAUUACUGAACAGACUGCAAGUUACUGGCAGGCUGUUCUGGUUUUAUGCUGUUUGCACAUAGCUAUUUUCGCUCUGGGAAAGGGUUAAACAUAAACAGAAUAAGCUAUUGUUCCUUUCAUAAAGUCUGUGCUAAAGGAUUCUGUGAUCAAAGUAAAGCAUUUUUACUUUUCAAAGCCAUUCACAUUAGGUUUGAUUAAUAAUAUUUUUGGCAUAAUGCCAUAACUGCAUGCCAAUGGAUAUGUGUUUACUUUUUUAUGAUUCUUUUGUUUAAGAAAUUUGUUUCUUUCUUAUCUAAAUUAGUGGUUCCAAGAACCAGACUAAGAUGCUGUAAGCACAGUAUGUUCUGUUCUUUGAGUUUGUAUUGCAUUAAGAAAAUUUCUAAUGAAAAUUGACCAGUCGCCAAAUUAUCGAUCGCUCCGCCCACAUAGUCACGUGGUCUAGUGAUAAGAAAACUCCGACAAGCAGAUCGCAAUUAUAGCGGAUUACGUGAGCGAAAUACUAUAUUUGUAACGAGGUAUCAUGCUCUUUUCUAUAAUAUAAAUUAUUUAAAGCCGCACAGUAAACUAAACUGCUUUAUAAAACUUUAAUACAAUCAUAAAUGCUUUAGAGAAAAAUGGCGUAAUCAAAAUAAAUGAGUUAACGGCAGACUGACUAUCAGAAACGUUUCUUAUACAUAAUAUAGAAAGUUGAUGAAAAUCCGUUGUAAAAAUGAGCAUUCAUUUUAUAUUGAUUUUGAACUUGUAUUAAAUCGUCUGACAGUGAAUCCGGUGGCUAUUCAUAUAUAAUUUUGAAAAUAUAUUUUAUUAAAUGCAAAUGACACAUCCAUAUCAUGAUGGGGUUUUUGUUUAUUACAAAUGUUUAGAUCUUUGUUUUAUUGUGUUAUUUUUAAAAAGACACCGAUUUUUUUUAUUUAGAUAUAAAUUAAAUUUUGAUUGUAACCAUAAUUUAAUACAGGCCUAAUUUCGUGGUUUCAUUAACAGAUAGUCUAAUAUGCAUUUUAUUUCAUUUAUUUUUAAUGCGAACCUGUUACAUUUCACUAUCGAAAAAUGAAAUGUUGGUAUCACGGUGCUGUUCACGAACAUUCGAAUUGAAUACAUUUAGCAUAUUAUGCAUGUCUUUAUUUAUAACAAGAUGGCCCUUAUAUGUUAAUUGAAAGUUUCACAUUUCUCCCCGUAUCAAUAAAUGUUGUAUUAUAAAUGUUGUUAUUGUAUUAUAAGCCGUACACUUUACACUUGAAGUCGCUUUAAGCUGGCUAAGCUACGUUGAAAUCACCUUUUUGUUGUUUUUACUUUAGUUAAAACAAUAUUUAAGUUAACAAUUUAUAAUGAUUUCCCUUGUUUAUGAUCCACUGAAAAUAAAUAUAUAAUUGGAAAUCAUUUAAGUAAUUAAAUAGUUUUCUUUUCUUGUGUACAGUACCUAACAAUGCCAUAAUGUUCCUUCAUUCUGAGAUCCACGCAACAUACUGUCAUUUAUUAAUCAUCGACAAUUACGCCGAGAUUAAUUAGCACGUGUGGCAAUUAUUAUGUUGCCAAAACUGCUUAAUAAUAUUGUGCAUCAAACGGUAUAACACGUUUUUAUAGAACACACGAUUUAUUGUGUUUGAUUUCUCAUUACUCGUUCAUAUGUUCAAUAAAUAAAGAUAAAAUAAUAACUUUUUAUAAAGUAUGUAUAGCACCUACAAUUUUGAAUAAUGAUCGAACAGUUAUAAUCAUGCAAUCGAUAUAAAAUCUGUGUAAACUCUUAAAAAUUACGUCCAUUCCAUAUGAACGACACACUUUGUUUGUCGGACAAAAUGGCGGCCAUAUAAGCGUUGCUGAGGGGUGUGUGAAAAAUCGAUAUCUGAUUGGCUAAUCGACAAAAUGUGGGCGGAGUUGGCGACUGGUCAAUUAGCAACAGAUUCAACUGUUAGUAUGUGAUAAACAAUAGAUCAAUACUCCAUUGUGUGCAGUUGUAAAGAUGCAUUUAACAACAUUAUAUGCAUAAUCUAUAACAGAAUAUAGAAAACAAUAGAGAUUUGUUUGUUUAUUGUCUGAACCUUAAAUCAUAUGUGAGAAACCAGCAAGAUUGUUUUUGGAUAGGUAUUGUCAAUGAAAUUAACGAAAGUUCAUUGAAUAAUCAUAAUUUCCAUUCUGUGUGAAGUAAUUCACAAGAUAGUUAUUGCAUGAUUAAUUGUAUAUUUACCGUUUUUGUUAUUGAGUGCUGAAAAUGUUCAAAAACAUGUUUGUUAUGGACGUUAUUGAGAGUGUACAUGUAUAACUGGCUGUCUUGCUUUCACUUUGUUAUGUGUUGGAGCAAUUGCUUGUGUUCAAUGGUGAGUUUUAAAUGUCACAUUAAGUAGUAUUUUUGCAAUGAAAUGUUUGACAUCCCAAAUAUCAAUCUAACUACAGGUAGUUUGAAGUCUUGAGCAGAACUGUCAUUUUAGUAAUUUACUUUAGAAUUGGGUCACCUUUAAUUGGUAUGAGUUGCACAUCUUUAACCCUUUGCAUGCUGGGAAUAUUGUCUGCUGAAUUUCUAAAAUUAGCAUUUUCUUAAAUUUAUUUCAAAGAAUGCUAUCAGAAUAGCAAACAGUUGGGAUCCUGAUGAGAUGCCACGUUCUUUGGUGUCUCAUCUGGAUCCAAACUGUUUGCAAAGGCCUUCAAAAUUCCGUUCCAGCACUGAAAGAGUUAAUGCAUGAGCAAUAUUUAGUGUUAUCACAUUAGUUUCUUAAAUGGAUAAAAUCCUGUCUGAAAGUGGUACUUGAUUGUAUGCAUAGCUCCACAGUAUUUGGUUAUGGGAAAGAAAACAUUUUGAAAGUUCCAGAAAUCAAAUCUCCUGGCAACCUAUUAAAAAGGGCUUUAAAUGUGAACUUCUACGGCGAAUACAAAUCCACUUUUUAGGAUGAAAUACUUUUUGUUGUUAUGUCAAUGUUAAAGUAGUAAAAUGUUUUCUCAUGACAUGGUUGUUUCUGUGUAUUGUUUUAUUGUUAGGAAAUGAAAAAAGAAGAAUUAUGAAACAUGUAUGUGUGAACUUGAACAAAGGCAAAUUUCUACAACUGAAAUAAGAAUUCAUACUCUGUAGCCAUUUUGACAAUCCACAUUUGGGUAGGUACAAUAAACCUUUGUGUCUUCUGUAUUUUACGAGAAAAAGUGUUCGAUGUAAAUUUUUUUCCUUCAUGCUUGAUACUGUAACAGUUUAGUGUAUUAAAUAGUUUUAUUGUAGGAGAAAAAUAUGUUUCCAGAUUUUGUGCUUAUUUAACAUGGUGCUGGGCUGUAUUUUAUGUCUAUAUGUGUGUUAAGAUAGUCCUACAUGAUACAAUUUGUCCUUGACUUUAUAAGUCCAUAAUAAUGAAAUUUUACAAUGUUUUCAUGUUCAAGCUCUUAUAGUCGUAUAUUCCCAGACUUCCUGGGCUAAAAAAGGAUAAGAGAUAAAACAUACACAAACUAUUUUAAGAUUAAUUACUAAAAUUUAAGAAUUUUACUCUCUUAAAGAUAAAACACUGUUUUAAGAUUUCCCCAAAAUCCUCCAUAUUUCUGUUCAAAUAAUUGAACUUAAUUCUAUGACAAGGUCAUUAUUGAAAUAAAUUCAUUACAAUACAAGUGCAAUGACAAUAUUUUUUAUAUUCUGUCUAUUUGUAUUUUUCCUAUUUGUGAAUACAAACUGAACAUUCCAAGUUGAUGAAAACAUUUAUAUUCAUUCAUAUUGUAUAGUAUUGUUGAUUAUUAUUUGUAAUGUUAAUAAUUUAAAAACACAUGUAAUUGCAUUAUAUUCUAAGUUAACAUGACUUUAUAAAUAAUUCAGUUAAUUGUUAAAUAUUUUUUUACCAAUUUUAUUCUCUAUGACAUGCACCAAAAAAAAAAACAAGUGCAAAUUAUAACUAACAAUUAAGACACUACUAAUUUAUUUUCCGAUUGUAUAUCUUUACUUUAAAUGACUAUUUUUCAAAUAAGCUUUAAAUGUUUCUCCUUCUGUAUGAUCACAUUCUGCAUUAUUUCUUAACCCUUUGCAUGCUGGGUAAUUUGUCGUCUGCUAAAAUGUCGUCUGCAGAAUUUCUAAAAUUAGCAUUUUCUUCGAUUUUUUUCAACGAAUACUAUCAGAAUAGCUAACAGUUUGGAUCCUGAUGAGACGCCACGUUUUGUGGCGUCUCAUCUGGAUCCAAACUGUUUGCAAAGGCCUUUAAAAUUCAGCUCCAGCGCUUUAAGGGUUAAUUCAUUUUGCAAAUUCGCCCUAUGUUGUUUGUUCUUAUUUGUUGGUCUAGAGGACUAAUUUAUUGUUAAAUAAAUGUGUUAAUAUUAAGGCAGAGAUUCUCUGUUUACAACUUGUGUUUUCUUUGUCAAGUAUAUUCUUUUUGUUCGGACAGAGGAACAAACUAUCAAUGCAAUGUCAAGUUUAUAAUAACUUAUCAAAACAUUUAUUUUCACUGUGCAAUAUGGAAUGACCUGAAUAAAUUUGCUAUACCAACAAUAAUAAGAAUUCUUAUUUGUUUUAUUAGUGGCAUUAUGCAACUGUUAUUUAAACAAGUGUCCCUAUUUACACAGCUCCUGUAAAGAAAACCUCCAAUUUGUAAAAGCGCAUAAACCAUCAAAAUCAACGAAUAUGUUGUGAAAAUAAAGUUAGCAAAUAAAAGAUCAACGUUCCUUAUAGCAAUAGUCAAAAUUUCAAUGCUACAUGUGGUCUGGUAAUAUAGAUUUAACAAGAUACAAAAUGCUCUUUUUGCGGAAUAAUGUAUUAACACAUGUUCAUGUACCAAAUUACAUUAGUGUUCGUGUGUCCUAUGAAUAGAUAUUGUUGCAGGAAAUUAAAAUGGAAAAG